CUCAGGCAACGUGGAUAAAGCUUUAGUGUGGCGCUCAGAAAUUUCCCCCGCCGCGCAUUUUUAGGAUAAUUUUCCCAUCAAAAAAAGAGGAGAACAAGCCAUUGUUUUCUCCCAGGAGCAGAUCAGAUUUUUUUGCAUUUGUUGUCGCGUUCUUUGGUCUUUGAUUCUUGAUACCCUGAAAGAGACGACACAGAAACGGUCCUUCUUCUUCUUACUACUUCCUCUUCCGCUUUCGUGUCGACCUUUUUGGACGCGCUAUCGAAGAAUUUGAGAUAUAUCUUGCUUCGCAAUAGUCUGACUCACAAGCUAUCGCGUUACAGUCGCAAUCAUGUCUGACACCAACGUCAACGCUGCCGCCGAGCAGGAUGUCCAGAACACCUUGGCCGAGCUGAAGGCUGAACAGAAAGCUCCCGCGAACGGCGCUGCGCCCGAACAGAAGGAAGACGCCGAGGAAGCUCGCAUUGUCGAGGCUGCCGCAAAGCUGGGCGAGAAGUCCGAGAACGCCGAGGAGACCAAGUCCAAGGAAGGAAACUACGAUAACAAGGAUCGCAAGGGUCGCUCGAACGCCAAGUUCGACCCCUCGACUCAGCAGGAGACUGACGACCCCGUUGAGAUCCGCAAGCAAGUUGAAUUCUACUUCUCUGACUCCAACCUCGUCGCGGACAAAUUCCUUCUCUCCAAGGUUGGCGGAAGCACCAACAACUCUGUUCCCCUUGACCUCCUGCACACCUUCAAGCGUAUGCGCCGCUUCCAGCCGUUCAGCGCCGUCGUCGAGGCUCUCAAGUCGUCUGAGGUGCUCGAGCUUACCGACAACGACACCGGCGUGCGCCGCAAGAACCCCCUCCCUGAGUCGGUCACCGCCAACCAUGACCCCAACGUCGUCAAGGUCUUCGAGAAUAAGGCCAUGAACCGGAGCGUCUACGUUAAGGGAUUCGGAAAUGAGGAACCCAGCACCCAGUUCGACAUUGAAGCGUUCUUCGCACCCUACGGUCCCACCAACGCCAUCCGUCUCCGUCGCACACCCGACAAGAGCUUCAAGGGAAGCGUCUUCGUUGAAUUCGAGUCGGAAGAGAAGCAGAAGGCUUUCCUGGAGCUCGACCCCAAGCCUCAGUGGAAGGGUCAGGACCUGAUCAUCAAGAGCAAGAAGGAAUACUGUGAAGAGAAGGUCAAGGAGAUCGAAGCUGGUCGCGUUCAGCCCAGCCGUGGCCGUGGUGGCCACCGUGGGCGCGGCCGUGGUGGUCGUGGCGGUCGUGGCGGUCGUGGUGGCCGUGGUGGCCGUGGCGGUAACAGGGAUGACCGCCGUGACUGGAGGGAGCGUCGGGAAGAGGACCAGAAGAAGGGCUUUGCGGACGAGAAGCCCCGCGAUGAAAAGGAUUCUCGCGGCGUCCCCGUCGUCCAGAGCACCGCCGAAGCUGGCCAGAAGCGCACUCGCGAAGAAGAGGGCAGCGAGCAACCAGCUAAGAAGGUCGAUUCCAAGGAGUAAUAUGGGUAAUCUCGUUUCUUUCCUUUUUUUCUUUUUGGCUCAUCUUCAUACGGGCAAGCACAUGGGACUGGUUUAUAAAAGUAUUGUAUCGGGUAAAAGUCAUGUCAGUUCAAGAGAACCAUUCUUAAUUCAAUCAUAUCCGGCGUUGUAUAUACCUCGUCUCGUCCUAGUUCAGUCCAAGCCUUUGCCUUAUGU